AUGAAUAUCACGCUGAACACAGAGCAGUUGUCCAGGGGAUGGGCUCUUGCCAACAGCUGGGAGCCCGCAAAGCUGCUAGAAAAGCUGGCAAAGAACCCUCGUACCAUGGCAAAUGGUACCCUUGAUUUUGAGGAGGGACAUAUACCAGAGGCGCUCAGAUUCAAGGAGGAGGGCACGAAGGGCCUAGGAAAUUUGAGAUAUCUCCCGAACGAAAUUGUGGACAUGAUUGUCAACAUGUUGGACAUGCCUAGUGCUAUAAGUCUGUCAUGCAUCAACCACACUGCCAACUUCUUUGUUCGGAAAAGCCCCGUGUCAUUCCUGAGGCAAUGGGCUCCCGGCCUACCGAAGCUUCUCACCCAGACCCGGACCGUGAAGAAUUGGACCAUUCGUGAGCUCAAGGACGCAAUUCGCCGCGAGCAGUGCGUGGUAUGCGGUGACUUGUGUGUUCAACUCUACCUUCCUACGAUGGAGCGCAUCUGCCAUCCAUGUAUGCACGACAACCACGCAUACUGGUGCCUCCCCGUGGAACAGGCAGCCUUGAUCUUCGGCCUUGAUCUACCUGAUGUCAUUAAUUUUCAAACCAUGUACCUGCCGAGGCUGAACAGGAAUGGCUAUGAUUUGGGAGAUCUUAGCGCCUGGGUUGUUCCUGUCAAAGUGGCACUGACUAGAGCCCUCGAGCUGUAUGGCACCCGCAAGGCUAUUAAGCGCGCUGCGGAGGGCAUCCUAUCAGGUAUGGACGAAACUGAAGAACGUAACAUCCCUGACGACGGUGAAUUUGUGGUCGAAAAUCAAAAUGACAUUUACCGCGCUGCUUCCUUGUCCACCAUCUCUACCCCACUGCGUUCGCUUGGCUUAUUGGAAAGGCAUCAAACGCAUAUUUACCAUCAUGACGUUACCUGCCAGGUUCCUGUCGUCACUUAUGAAAAUACACGCAAAAUUCUUCAGUUGUGUCGUGGCUGCACUGCCAUGCUCACUCACACCAAGCUGAAAGACAUUCACGAGAGCCAUAUGAGGAUGAUGGGGCUUGACCCCGAGCUCGACAGGUUUGAGCGGGCGUUUAAGAUCUACCGUCGCGCGUUUCGUGUGCGGACUGAGGUUGAAAUGGUCGAGCAUCUUCGAACCGAGUGUGUCGGGGGUUGGACCCUUAUGUGCUCUGAGCGUCAGAACAAGGAGGCAUAG